AUGCUGCUCCCUGUGGUGGUGUUGCUGGUGCUCCUGCUCGUCUCUGGACCCAAGGCCUCUAUCCAGGGAGACACUCAGGAAAUCGGGGGGAGCGACGAGCUCUUGGAGAGAGAGUUCAUGUAUGCGCCGAAGCGGCCCAAACGUGCCGCGGUGGACCACAGCGCUUCCCAAACGGACAAAUGUUCCUACACCUUUAUUGUCCCUCAGCAGAAAAACAACGGGGCAAUCUGUGUAAAUUCCAAGGAGCCCGAGGCUCUGCUUGAGAACCGGGUCAAUAAGCAGGAGCUGGAGCUGCUCAACGGCGAGCUGCACAAGCAGCGGCUGCAGAUCGAAGCACUGCAGCAGUUGGUGGAGGUGGACGGGGGCGUGGUCAACGAGGUCAAGCUACUGCGCAAAGAGAGCCGCAACAUGAACUCCAGGGUCACGCAGCUCUACAUGCAGCUGCUGCACGAGAUCAUACGCAAGCGGGACAAUGCUCUCGAGGCGUCCCAGCUGGAGACCCGCGUGCUCAACCACACACAGGAGAUGGGGAGGCUGGCCUCGCGCUUCCGUGACCUGGAACACAAGUACCAGCAUCUGUCGGCGAUCGCAAACAACCAGAGCGCUCUCCUGGUGCAGCUUGAGGAGCACUGUAAACGGGGAGGACACCCGUACGGCGUGGUGCAGGACCGGAGCCGCCCUGCCCGUCCUCCGGUGAUCCCUCAGCCUCCUAUACAGAUGCCCCCAUUGUCUCCUGGAGGUUACAGACCCUACCAUCCACCCACCUACCCCCGCCACACCAACAACCCCAUGUAUAACGAGAUACAGAAUGACCAGAACGCCAAAGCAUUGCCACUUCCACUAGCCACGAUGCCGAGUGUGACGGACAGCUUCACCAGCGAGCCCUCUGGUCCUUUCAAAGACUGCCUAGAGGCUCUGGAGGCCGGCUACACCACCAACGGCAUGUACCUCCUGAAACCAGACAACGGCAACCAGCUCAUGCAGGUUUGGUGUGACCAGACGCAUGACCCUGGUGGCUGGACUGUCAUUCAGAGACGUCAGGAUGGCUCUGUGAACUUCUUUAGAAACUGGGAGACCUACAAGCAAGGGUUUGGAAACAUUGACGGUGAAUACUGGUUGGGCCUGGAGAACAUCUACUGGCUGACCAACCAGGGCACAUACAAGCUGCUGGUUUCUCUGGAAGACUGGACCGGACGCAAGACCUUUGCGGAGUACGCCAGCUUCCGUGUGGAGUCUGAGGCUGACUUCUACAGGCUGCGCGUGGGCCGAUACCACGGCAGUGCCGGAGACUCUCUCACCUGGCACAACGGGAAGCAGUUCACCACACUGGACAGCGACCACGACGUCUACACAGGUAACUGUGCCCACUACCAGAAGGGAGGAUGGUGGUAUAACGCCUGUGCUCACUCCAACCUGAACGGCGUGUGGUACCGUGGUGGGCACUACCGCAGCCGUUACCAGGACGGGGUCUACUGGGCCGAGUUCAGAGGAGGAGCUUAUUCUCUGAAGAAAGUGACCAUGAUGAUAAGGCCCAAUGCAAACACCUUCCAUUAA